AUGACGAGUGGUGCGAGUGAUGCUGCCACGUCGUCGUCGUCUGAAACCGCUCAAAACAUCGGGGACGAGAUGCCGUCCUACGAAGAUUCUCCAAACGUACUCAGGAAAAGAUUCCAGAGCCUGCGCAAACGCGCGGAUUCCGCCAUGGAUAUUUUGAACAAAACCAAGCUGGAAAAAUCGAGAGAACUUUUAGAGACGAAACAGAACGACCCGGAGUUUUGGAGCAAUCAAACCGAAGCGAAAAGAGUGACGAAAGAGUUGAGUUUUGUGCAGUCGCAGCUGCGAAGAGCAGAGUUGGUGGAAGCGACGAGAGACGACGUCGAGUUAUCGCUGGAGAUGUUGGAGGAGGAACAACAACAACAAGACGCGGACAAUGGCGGCAACGAUGAAAAUAAAGGUGGAAACGAGGAUUAUGAACUCUUACGAACGGAAGCGAUUCGAUCGUCGAUUAAGUUGAACGAGAUGCUCUCGGAGUUUGAGACGGAGAAAAUGCUCGGCGGGAAGUACGAUAAAUUAGGGAGCGAGUUGUUUAUUUACGCAGGGGCGGGAGGAACGGACGCGCAGGAUUGGGCGGAGAUGUUAGAAAGAGCCUACUUGAAUUGGGCGCAAAAAAGAGGGUUUAAAGCAACGAUUACGAGCAGAAACAAAGGCGAAGAAGCGGGAAUUAAAUCUGUCACGAUCGAAAUUGAAGGCACGUACGCGUUUGGUUUCUUACGGUCGGAGAAAGGCACGCAUCGGCUCGUUCGAUUGUCGCCGUUUAAGAAGGGUGAUUCGAGUCGCCAGACUUCGUUCGCAGCCGUAGAUGUGUGCCCUUUGUUUGAAGACGAAAGCGAAGAGGCUGGGGAGAUGAACAUUCCGGAAAAGGAUUUAGAGAUUACGACGAUGAGAUCGGGCGGCGCUGGAGGACAAAACGUGAACAAAGUAGAAACGGCGGUGAGAAUAAGACACAUCCCAACAGAUAUUACCGUGCGAUGCGACGAAGACCGUUCGCAAAUGAUGAAUAAAGCGAAAGCGAUGGUUAGAUUAAAAGCAAAAUUAGCGGCUGUUUUGGAGCAACAACGUUUGCAAGACGUGAAAGAGAUACGAGGUGAUGUGGUCAAAGCAGAGUUUGGCGAGCAAAUUAGGAAUUAUGUGUUGCACCCAUAUAAAGUAGUAAAAGAUGUUCGCUCGGGUUGGGAAACCGCUGACACGGAAGGCGUGUUGAAUGGUAAUUUUGACCCGUUCAUGAAAGAAUAUUUACGGUUUAGAGCGACGGAAGAAGCAGCGCAAUGA